AUGCCGAGGGCAUCGCCGCCACCAUUGGCAUCAUCUCCGCCGAGAGUAUCGUCCCCACCAUUGGCAUCACCUCCGUCGAGGGCAUCACCGCCGCUAGUGGCAUCCCCUCCGUCGGGGCCAUCGCCGCCGCCAUUGGCAUCCCCUCCGUCCAGACACCUCCCCCGUGUGUCUCCGGGGCACAGUGAUGAUUUGUAUGCCCGUUUGACUGGAUUUAUAGCGAAGGAGGUCGGCGCGCUACGACGAGAUUUGACGGAGAGGGUCGAUGAUCUGGGACGAGAGUUGACAGGGAGGGUCGACGAUCUGGCAGGGAGGGUUGACUAUAUGACAGGGAGGGAUACAGUAGCGGCGCUUAGAGGAGAUUUAGCCGGCAGACGAUGGGGGGACAGAGGGGAUGGCGGAGAUCAUGAUCGAGAGGGUGGCAGAGAUGGGGGUGGCCCUGAUGGGGAUGGGAGAGGGGACUACGGAGGGGGUGCCCUGACGGGAGGGGUGGAGGAGGUGGCGACGGAGGGGGAGGCCCCGAUGGAGGGGGGGGAGGGGGUGGCCCCGAAGGUCGAGAGGACGCCCGGCGUGAUUGAGGAGUUAGCCGCACGAUAG